UUACUUAUUAAAAAAUAUAGUCGACGGUGGUGGCAGAAGACUGCAGACCAUAUUAUUUUCUGGGAGGAUUUCAAGAAUCGGAGAGUAGGGAUGGCGGAAGAAGGAGGCAAUGGAAAGGGAAGUGAGAAUUGGGUGGAGGAUCUUCAGCGUGCGGUCGUCCAAUCGAAGGACUCAGCCAUUCGCUCUGCUCGUUCCUUUCAACAAAAUUCUUCUUACCAUCUUCGCUCCUUACAGGAUUAUCUGCCACAAGCAAUUUCUCAGUUCAAAACUUAUGAAGAUACCUUUUUCAACAGAAUUAAAGAGGAGUUGAUGAGUGCAAGGGAACACCCAGUUGAGGCUGUUGGGGUUGCUGUAACAGCUGGUCUCCUUCUUAUGCGAGGCCCUCGAAGGUUUCUGUUUCAUCAUACAUUUGGUCGACUUCAAAGUGAAGAGUCAAAAUUUCUUAAAGCUGAAAAGAAUGUAAAAGAGUUGAACCUUUCUGUAGAUUUAAUGAAGAAGGAGAGCCGAAAAUUACUUGAAAGGGCAUCUCUGGCUGAGAAGGAUAUGAAACAUGGCCAUACUGAGCUCUUGGAUGCUGGAAGUCAAAUUCAAUGGCAUGCUAAAUCAGUUUACAAGGUUGAAAUCCAAGUUGCAGAUUUGAUGGAUGGGCUACGAGAAAUCCCUGGAAGGGAGGCUUUGAAACUUCGAGCAGAGGUUGCUUCUAUGGCAUCACUUUUGAAGCAGCAUAGGACUGUGCUGGACAAACAGAUCAUGAAGAUUUCUGAACUAGGGGUUCCUGUUUGAUAGCAUAUAAGUGAUCCUUGAGGGCACCACUUGGGGUAUCUGUAUUUUCUUACUUUUAAUUAUUCAACACCAAAGCAUGCUCAUGAUGAGAGAACAUGAGAUUUUUCCUUUUCCAAAGUUGCAAUAACACUGGAAACAAUGAUUGUAGCUUCAAAUGGUGCAUUUUGUGAAAUUCAUUGGUUAAACUAAUUUAUUAACAAAUAUUGUCAUCUUA